AUGACAAUCGGAGGAGAAUUAAUAGGAUGGCAAGUAGAAAAAACUACUAGAAAUACAAUAGAUGUUCUCGAAAAAACAUGUCGUGCAGUAUCUGUUUCAAAUGUUGUCGGUAUUGUUGGUCCAGCAUUAUUACGAGAAGCUCAUCUAAUUGCUGCAUUCGGUGAAAAAACUGGUAUACCUGUUAUAUCAUAUGCUGCAACUGAUCCUAAUUUAUCAAAUCGAAAUGUUUAUCCAACCUUUUAUCGUACAAUUCCUUCGGACAAUGCAGCUGCAUCAACUCUAGUAAAACUAUUCAAUCGAUUUAAGUGGACAUCAUGUAUAAUAAUUUAUCAAAAUGAUGCUUUUGGAUCUAAUGGCGCUAAAACUAUAAAAUGA